AUGAAGUGGUUCAUUGUUCAAGGAGUAGAUGUAGUUGUGGGAGGCGGAGGAGAGAAGAAUGGAAUGGAUGGGAAGUUAGUUGGAAGAGAAGGAAGUGUUGUCGGAAAUGUAGGGAACAUCGGCAUUGGAGGAACUGAAGUAGGAAUGGUGGGAAAAGUUGGUUGUGGUAAGGUUGAUGGCAAUGGAGGACUUGAAGUGGGAAACUUGGGAAGAGUUGGUUGUGGCAAGGUUGAUGGCAAUGGAGGUACAGAAGUGGAAAUGGUGGAAAUAGAUGGUUGUGGCAAGAAGAUGGCGGGAGGCCAAGCAAGUGUUGAUCAUGAUAGAGGAAGAAAAACUCACUACGAAAGCAAUGAGAAAGAGCUUGUGUGA